AGGAAGCUAAGUUUGCAACGCAAAACAGAAAAACAUGGCAGCUGAGGUGGAGACGUCCACAGCCUCUGAUAAAUUUUCAGCCAAUGCUGAGGAAUUGGAAAGCUACUAUUUAAUGCUUGAAGCUGGCAAUAUACCAGAACUUCAAUGGCAAUUUCCUGGACGUCGAGCACCCUCUCCAGACGCCAGCGUGGGCGGCAGCAACAAGGAACUGGAAGCUGCCACCGAAACUGUUGAGCAAGAGCCACAAAAGGCAAACGAUUUUGAUUUCAGCGACGAAGUUGCACCCACUCAAAUGCGCGUACGAAGCCAAACGUCGACGCCGAAGUCGGCUAAGAAAAAGACGGCAAAUUUUGCCGGAGUUAUGGAGACGCUGAAAAAGAAAAAAACCGAGGGCUCCUAGCAGACAAGUGCUCUUCUUCUUCAAAGACCAGCAUAUUUGUAGAUAUGGAUGAGAACACACAAAAGUCUGUCUCUCUUCUACUAAUAGAUGGCGAUCAAGUAAUCGUGCGGGUGUAUGUGAAUAUUU